GAAGCAUAGCCAUCUUCACCAACGCUUUUCUUGACUUCUAUACCUAUGGAAGCUCCGAUUUUUUCCCUAUAGCUCUUAGCACCUGCAGAUCUAUCAUUCAACACACCUCCCUCAUGGCUACCGCGACGACACCAACACCCACACCUUUGAUUCGACCAGUCGUUGCACCCGGCGCCUCAGCAUCCAGCGCAACCAUGUCAACCGCAGCACCAACACCUCCAUUACCCCCCAGCCGGGCUCCCAACCCACCACAACCAACCCCCACAGGCCUUCCCAAAGUCCGCCGCCGCUCUUCAUCGAUCCAUGCCCAACAACCCCCCUACCAGCAACUACACCACACAGCCAAGAUCGGUCCCCAGCGUACCUCCAAGAUCUCACAAAAACUCAAGUUCCUUCCCUCGCCCGCGGACCAAGACGAGGAAUCUGGCCGCGAUGUCUACUCCCAGGUCACCCGCAUCAAGGACACAACUGCCCGCCGGGACGCGGAGCGCCUGGGAAAAGCUGAGAGAGCGCACUUGCCCAGGGUUACGGCCUACGCUACGGCGAACGCUUACAAGAUGGAGAGCAUGAUGAGGUUUCUCAAGUCCCGGCAGGCCAGCCGUGGGACUGCGCCGAAGCAGUUUGACGAAUGCAUUUACACCCCAUUUUCUUACACUUACGAGGCAAGGCAGCGGGAGCGGGAACAACAACAACAGCAACUGCGGGGACAGGGAUACGGGCGGAGUGAGGAAUUGAUUGAUCUUGGGGGUUCGGUGGGCCCUUUGGACGUUGUUGGGGAUCAUGGCGACGAGGUUGGUGUGGGUGCUGGUGGAGAUGGGGAGGAAGUGGGCAUAGACGAGCAGGACGAUAGCUCGUUAUUCAAUUUUGUGAUGGCGCAGAACCGCUCUGUCGAGAGCUCAGAGGUGUUCCUGUUCCAGUACGGCGUCAUCGUGGUAUGGGGAAUGAGCAUGAAAGAUGAGGAGCGCUUCCUCAAGGACAUUGCGAAAUUCGAGAGCGAGAAAUUGGGCGAGGACGACGUCCAGGUUGAGAAUUUCAAUUUCUACGUUACCAGCUCGUAUCAGCCCCGGAUCUACAAUGACUUUAUUACGCUGAAGGAUGGUGGAAACUACAUGAUCAAGCUAAGCAUCAGUCACGCUAUCGCUCAAUCUGUAAAGGUAGAUAGAAAUGCAUUCAAACACAGAAUUUUUAAAUUUUUUUGUUUUGCUAACGCCCAAGCGACAUAAUAAUAAUAGAUAUCCCUCUUUGAAGACCUAGUCGACAACACAAUAGAAGACACGAAAUCAAUCCCCCAAGACGUCGCCACAACCGGAAAGGUCAAUAUGAGUCGUCGAGAUAUAAUGAAGCACAUAGGCGAACUCUUUAUCCUAAGAAUAAACAUAAACCUCCAAGGCAGCGUGCUGGACUCACCGGAAUUGAUGUGGGCUGUACGUCCCUUUCCCACGCAUAUAUUGCCCAUACAAUCCCGGUCCCAUACCGGGAAAAAAAUGAAUACCAAUCUAACAAAUAAACCAGGAACCCCAAUUAGACCCCGUCUACCAAGCCGCGCGCUCAUACCUAGAAAUCAACCAGCGUGUCACAUUACUAAACCAACGACUAGAUGUCAUCGGAGAUUUGGUACCCUAAAUCCCACCCCCUCCACCAAUCCCAUGCUGACUGGCUUUAACUUUUUUAAUAUAGUUGCAAAUGCUCAAAGAGCAAAUGUCCCACUCGCAGGGGGAACACCUGGAGUGGAUUGUCAUUGUGCUUAUCGCAGCGGAGAUCCUGGUCGCUGUGAUUAACGUGGUUGUUGAUCUGCUUGCUGGGUCGGAUUGACCUUCAUCGUGAACGUCCGCGGCUGAGAUAACUUAAACCUACGAGAGGGGUCAGGGAGGCUUAAUAUUGGGUGAAUUUGGUAGUUUCUGUUUCGCUGUAUCAUAAUUUUGUCUGGCCGAGACCUUCCUUCUCACCUGUGAGAUAUCGGCGGUUUUGCAUUUUGUACCAUUUUACCUGCCUCCCCCUUUUUUUUGUUUGCCCAGUUGGGCGUGCGGGCACUGCAACUAUAAUUCAUGGCUUCUUAGAGACCCGUUACCGCACUGUAUAAUACCAUACUAUAAUAAUCCUCAUCAUGGGCAAUGCCGAUCCUCUCUUUCUUUGAAAACUUGAUGAACUGUUCUAAGCAGCGGCAGAUUUGCACAACUUGGUAUAAAUUUACCUGCUCCGGGGGGGUCGUUAGUUCUAGAAACUAGAGGAGUUUUGAAGACAAUAGCAACUACGUAUGAGUAGCACCUAAGGACGGCAUCCCAAGAAUAACACGAUAAUAACAGAUACUUGUACCGUAGGAGGGGG